AUGCCUUCAGGAAUGGGCAACGGCACCAAGCCGAUCCACAACAAGAAGCCCAAGAAGGCUGCCAAGGACGAGGAUGAGGACGAUGUCGCCUUCAAGGCCAAGCAGGCUGCUGACAAGAAGGCUCGCGAGGAGAUGGCCAAGAAGGCCGGCGGCAAGGGUCCCUUGAACACUGGUGGCCAGGGCAUCAAGAAGAGUGGAAAGAAAUAA